UUCAGACAGAGGCGGUCUACUACAAUCGCCAUUAGCGGGACUUUUCGGACCGUGUUCUCCAUUGACACUUUUCCAGACUUUUUCAGCACCAGGAGACGAUCAAGUAAGUGGUUCAUUUUGCUUUCUUUUGUUGCACUUUUUUAGUUUGAGGUGCACACUCACUUGGUAUCACUUUCUAACUUCAUCUAGAUACUUGCGGUUCAACUCUGCUUCUGGCUCUCGAUCCUUGCAAUUUCGGUGAUGAGUUGAGAAUAUCAAGGACACAGGAAUUCGUUGGUCAUUUUUGUAUCAUGGAAACAAUGAUUAGGUUCAUUUAUGUAUUUACAAAGCUAAAGAAACCUCUGCAUGCUUGUUUCAGUAACGAUGUAUGUAUAUUGUGUGCCAAUUAACCUCGUCUAUGAUCUACUUUGUUUAUUGCACGUUUCAAUAGGCUACAAUAAAUAGCCUACUGUUGUUUAUUACUGUUUAAGUUUGCCUUUAAGCAUUUAGUAAGAAUGAGCCUAUUUGUAUUUGCUUUAGACACUAUGACCACAUAAGUGCAAUUUAAAGUUUUAGCGUACUUUGAGUUCAGUGCUUUUUCCUAAUAUUUUUACACCUCUCUCCAUAACAGGGCACCGUUUUGUUCGUCUGUCCAUCACUAUGAAGCCUGUUCCCCUGGUCCUGCUCCUUGCCGCUGUUCUCCUCACCUCUCACAUCCCCCCCAGUGUCUGUCGACCACAGGACCUGGCCAUGUUCAACGGGCACGGCUACAAGAGUCAGCUGGAUGAGGUGUUGCAGAAGGCUGGCGAUGCAGUUUCCUACCUUAUCGGAGAAAAGAUACUGCGUUAUUUGCAGAAAAAUCCCCGGUUGCAAACAGGUUUCCCCCCACAGUUUCCCUUUGAGGUGACGCCCCUGGGCUCGAUGGGUCUUGGUCACCUGGCGCGCAGUUUGCCGCCAUUUGAGCAGCAGCGCGCGUCAGAGGAGGUCAACAGCCUGGAAGACUUCGUGGAGUUGACCAAGAGAAACGAUGACCCGCCGAUCUCCAUCGACCUCACUUUCCACCUGCUGAGAAAUAUGAUCGAAAUGGCGAGGAUCGAGAGCCAGAAGGAGCAAGCAGAGUUGAACCGCAAGUAUCUAGAUGAAGUUGGAAAGUGA